CCUUCCUCUAUUUAACUUAGCUAAUCAAAAGCUAAAUGGUAGUAGAGUAGAUUUUUGAGAGAAAGCUAAAACCCUCCUUUCAAAAAAAAUUGAAAAAAAACAAAGCCCAAACAAAAUUUAACCCAAACCCUAGAGAGAAUUUCACCUUUCUUAUCCCAAGAUUUUCUGGGCUGUAACUUUUUCUUGAGUCAUGGAAAUUUCAACCUCACCGGAAAAUUCAAGAGCCGCCGCUGGCAACCGAAAGGAGGGUGACGGUGGGUUUGGAGAAGAGGAGAGGGUGAAAGGUGAAGAGGGUGACCGGUACUUAAUCGGUAGCCGGUGGCCACGGCAAGAAACUUUGGCUUUGUUGAAGAUAAGGUCUGAUAUGGACGGUGCAUUUAGAGAGGCUGGACUCAAGGCUCCUCUUUGGGAUGAGGUUUCCAGGUUAUUAAGUGAGCUAGGAUAUAACCGAAGUGCCAAGAAAUGCAAAGAGAAGUUUGAGAAUAUUUACAAGUACCAUAGAAGAACAAAAGAAGGUAGAUCUGGCAAGUCAAAUGGCAAGACAUAUAGGUUUUUUGAGCAAUUAGAAGCGCUAGACAACGGCAACAACCAAGUAUUGUUGUCAUCUCCAUCCCCAGAUAAAGUUCACUCUUCCAUGGCUGCAGUCACAGUAAGCCCAGUAAAUCUUAAUACCAACAUUAUUCCAAGUUCUAUCCAAAGCCCUAGUAUAAAUUUUGUUGAUAACCAUUCUACUUCAACCGCGUCUACUUCAACUGAAGAGUCAGAAGGAACAAGAAAGAAGAAAAGGAAAUUGAUGGAGUUUUUUGAGAGGUUGAUGAAGGAAGUGAUUGAGAAGCAAGAGAAUUUGCAAAGGAAGUUUCUAGAUGCAAUAGAGAAGUGUGAACAAGAUAGAAUGGCGAGAGAGGAAGCGUGGAAGAUGCAAGAAUUGGAUAGGAUUAAGAGAGAACGGGAGCUGUUAAUGCAGGAAAGAUCAAUAGCAGCUGCAAAAGAUGCAGCCGUUCUAUCGUUCUUACAGAAGUUCUCAGAGCAAUCUAGCUCAGUGCAGUUGUCUGAGAAUCAAGUAUGUCCAGUGCAAUUGUCUGAGAAUCAAGUAUGUCCAGUGCAAUUGUCUAAGAACCAAAUAGUUCCUGUGGAGAAAGUAGUGAAGGCACAGGAAAAUAAUAGUCUUGAGAAUUUUGUUCAUAUGAGCUCUUCAAGAUGGCCUAAAAAAGAAAUUGAAGCUUUGAUUAGGCUAAGGACUAAUCUUGAUAUGCAAUAUCAAGAAAAUGAGCCCAAAGGACCUUUGUGGGAGGAGAUAUCAGCAGGAAUGAAAAAGCUUGGUUAUAAUAGGAAUGCCAAGAGGUGCAAAGAGAAAUGGGAGAAUAUGAACAAGUACUUCAAGCGGGUAAAAGAGAGCAAUAAGAGAAGGCCUGAUGAUUCUAAGACUUGUCCUUAUUUUCACCAGCUUGAUGCUCUAUAUAAAGUGAAGACUAGGAAGGUUGAUAAUUCGGGUAAUUCUGGCCAUGAGUUGAAGCCUGAAGAACUUCUAAUGCAUAUGAUGGGUAGCCAAGAAGAACGACAACAGCAGGAAUCAGCAACAACAGAGGAUGGAGAAAGUGAAAAUGUUGAUAAGAAUCAAGAAGGUGAUAGAGAAAAUGACGACGAAGAUGGUUAUCGAAUCGUUGCUAAUGAUCCUUCUGCAGUAGCUAUAAUGGAGUGAUUAGACAAAAACCUUGCUAUCUUUGAAGUGCUAUACUUGGUUUUGCCUUGAUGCAAGAAGCGGGUCAGAGUCACUGCAGAGACCGUUGAUGGUUUUGUAAUCAUACUCAAGUUGAAGAGCUUAGUAUGAACAUACGAAGGCAUUUCAUGUAACAUGGCAUCUAUGUAUAUGUAUAUGGUAAUUGUUUAUUGAAUAAAUGUAUGAAAGAGAGAGAGAGAGAGAGAGAGAGAGAGAGAGAGAAGAGCAGAAUUAGAAUAAACAGGUUGAUGUGUAACAUAUAGAGAGAUAGAAGAGCAGAAUUAGAAUAAACAGGUUGAUGUGUAACAUAUAAUAUACAUCCUCUUUUGUCACACGUGUGAAAGUGAGAAAUGUUUGGUUAUUUUUCUUAUCAA